AUGCCAGAUAUUAAUUUGGCUAUAAAGACAAUUAAUGCAAUUGCUGGCAACUAUUGCAGUUAUACUAUAAAAAGCAAACGAAAAUUGAUAGGAGCUAAAGGACAACAGAUUUGGAAAUAUUCAUAUCAAAUUGACCGAAAUCCAUAUAAAGGACUUGGUUUUGAUAAUCAAGAUGUGAUAACUAGAAAUUCACACAAUCCUAUAGCACCAGUUCUUCCACCAUAUAAACCAUAUCCAACACUAAUUCCAACAGCAACCACAACAAUGUACAUGACUUUGAAAGAAAGAAAAAGAGCCACUGGAGCAUACAACACAACCUAG